CCACGCACUCUCCCAUCUUCUCCCUCCCAACUUCUCUCUCUCUUGACGGAUUCUCACACGCUUUCUCUGGAUCCGAACUGCGCAAACCUCGGCCAAGAAUGGGGAAAAAUGAUCUCUACAUCACAGUCCCCAGCUUCUUCAGGUGUCCGAUUUCGCUCGACGUCAUGAAAUCGCCCGUGAGUCUCUGCACCGGCGUCACUUAUGACCGCGCCAGCAUCCAGCGGUGGCUCGACGGUGGUAACAACACCUGUCCGGCGACGAUGCAGGUCCUUCAGAGCAAGGAGUUCGUGCCCAACCUGACUCUCCAGCGCCUCAUCGAGCUCUGGUCGGAGUCCGCCCGCCGCCGCACCGCUGUUGAGUCGCCGGGAUCGGCUACACCAACGCGGGACGAGGUCUCCGUCGCGAUCGAGAGAGUUAAGCUCGAGAAGGAAAACCGCGACGACCUCGAGAUGCUCUCGAAGAUCCUCCGAUUUGCCAGGGAAUCUGAGGAGAACAGAGAAUUUCUCGCCGGUAAAGAGGAUUUCGUCCCAAUGCUUGUGGAUCUCAUGGGGCAAGUGGAUUCCAGAACCUGCUCAACCCCAAAAUUGCAGGUGAUUCAAGAGGUUUUGAAGAUUCUGAGCAUGAUUCGGAGCAAAAUCCCCGAUCGGAAGCGGUUUUCGAAUCUGAUCUUAUCGAAUGGUCGAGAUUGCUUGACGGCAAUCGUUGUCGGGAAUGUCCGUCUGAUGAUCGACUGCACAGCCGUGUUGGAGUUCAUCGCCGUAGACGCCGAAUCGAAGCUGUUGAUCGCGGAAAGAGAGGGGUUAAUCCCCGAGCUGAUCAAUUCGGUAAACAGAGAUUCUGAUCCGAACUUGAUCGAAGCGAGCCUCUCCUGCUUGAUCGCCAUCGCAUCGCCGAAGCGCGUGAAACUGACCUUUAUCCGAGAAAAGCUCGUAUUGAAUCUCACGAAGCUGUUAACUGAUCCGGCGAUGGCGAGCGUUUCCGUGACGGAGAAAUGCCUGAAGCUUCUGGAGACGCUCGCGUCCUGCAAGGAAGGCAGGGCGGAGAUCUGCGGAGGAGACGGAGCGGAGACGGAGACGGAAUGCGUGGAAGCGGUGGUGAAGAAGCUAAUGAAGGUUUCGACGGCGGCGACGGAGCACGCCGUGACGGUGCUGUGGAGCGUCUGUUAUCUCUUCAAGGAAGAGAAAGCGCAGGACGCCGUGACGAGGACUAACGGCGUUACAAAGAUUCUGUUACUGUUGCAGAGCAACUGCUCCCCCGCCGUUAGGCAGAUGCUAACGGAUCUGUUAAAGGUCUUCAAGGUUAAUUCCAGGUCAUGCCUUUCCGCUUACGACACCAAAACGACUCAUAUCAUGCCGUUUUGAUCCCUGCCCUCUGGAGAUUCGUAGGAUUUUCUUUUUAGUUUUUGGUAAAAAAAAAAUUAAUGAGAAAAAACUGUAAACAGAAUGAAUAUUUUUUUUCCCGAUAGUGAAUACAAACCAAAGGAGAGAUUCGAUUGAUUAA